CACGACGGGAAAUGCUUUGAAUACUUGCGACAUGGCUGCGCGCAUUGAUUGUCAAGAUUGACAGCAUCUCCAGCUCCUGUAGUCUCCUGUCUGAGUGACUGCGCGAGGGGAGGGAGAUAAAGAGUAGAUAGGCGAGAAAGAAAAAAAAAAAAAAGAUUAUCGCAGUUCUCUUUUUGUCGUUGUUUUUAUUUUUGGACACCCGAACUUCGCAGUUGGAUCCUCCACUCCCAGCAGCGCUACUUUCCCGUAUCUGGUCCCGUGCGCGCAGAGUCAAGUUUUGCUCAACAGAUAGCAGCUCAGCGUAAACUGUAAACUGUAGCGUCCGCUGCGCUUAAAGGAAGGACGCGCAGUUUUCUGCUCCACGACUCUCAUCCUCAAGGUUUUUUACAUGACUUCAAAGUCAACCAAGCAGUGAUUGGUGGAAGCUGGAGAUUGAGUCUUUCAGUGUUUAACCCCACUCGCUGACAUGGAAGGCUUUCUUCGUAGCAGCUUUUUACUGAGCAGAGUCAUGUCUUCUAAGCAAGCCACAUCCCCUUUCGCCUCUGUGGUUGACGGCAGUGAUGCAAUGAGCCAGGAGCACUUGCCUUGGGAGAAAGAAGAAAGCGCAGAUGCCCACGGUACACCUCAGCUGCCCCUGCACAGUUUGCUCCACGGCAAAGCCCCUGAUGAAAUGCAGCCGCUCAGCAGCGUACCUCCAGAGAAUGACUGGGACAGCCUGGUGUCAGCACAGCAGCGCAUGGAACCUGACAGCAAUAAAGUGUGCUCCCUGUACUCCUUCCGGAACAAUUCCACUUCUCCACACAAACCUGAGGAGGGGGCCCGGGAGCGAAGUGACCUGCUGAGCGGAUCAGCAUUUGGUACUCCGGAGCGCCGCAAAGGAAGCCUGGCAGAUGUUGUGGACUCACUCAAGCAAAAGAAGUUGGAGGAGAUGACAAAGACAGAGCAAGAUGAAUCUUCUUGCAUGGAGAAGCUUCUUUCUAAAGACUGGAAGGAGAAGAUGGAGAGACUCAACACCAGUGAGCUGCUGGCAGAAGUAAAAGGUACUCCAGAGGGUCUGGCAGAAAAGGAACACCAGCUCUCCACAAUGAUCACCCAGCUGAUCAGUCUACGAGAGCAGCUCCUGGCUGCCCACGAUGAGCAGAAGAAGCUCGCCGCUUCACAGAUGGAGAAACAGAGGCAGCAAAUGGAGCUGGCUCGACAGCAGCAGGAGCAGAUUGCACGACAACAACAGCAGCUUUUGCAGCAGCAGCACAAAAUCAACCUCCUUCAGCAGCAGAUCCAGCAGGUCCAGGGUCACAUGCCUCCGCUCAUGAUCCCCAUCUUUCCACACGACCAGCGCACUCUAGCAGCAGCAGCUGCCGCCCAGCAAGGCUUUCUCUUUCCACCUGGAAUGUCUUAUAAGCCAGGUGAUAACUACCCAGUGCAGUUCAUUCCAUCCACAAUGGCAGCUGCAGCAGCAUCAGGACUCAGCCCCAUCCAGCUCCAGCAACUGUAUGCCGCUCAGCUUGCCAGCAUGCAGGUGUCUCCCGGAGCCAAGAUGCCUCCACUACCACAGCCCCUCAACUCUAGUGGGCCCAUCUCUCCCUCAUCUUUAAAGAAUGACAAAACUUCUUCCAGCCCCAUCACUCAAGUAAAGGAGGAGGGAACACAGCCCCUCAACCUGUCUGCUCGGCCAAAGACAUCAGACAUGGUCAAAUCUCCCUCAUCCCCAACAUCAAACCUGUUCUCGGGCAGUAAAAGCAGCCCUAGCAGUCUCGUUGGCAAAGGCGGCAUCCCCAGCCCACUUGGAGGAGGCCUUGGUCGGGACAUUCUGUCAACUCUAAACUCUACUGCAUUGUUCGGGGACCAGGACACGGUGAUGAAGGCAAUCCAGGAGGCCCGGAAGAUGAGGGAGCAGAUCCAGAGGGAACAGCUGCAGCAUCACCAACAGGGCAUUGAUGCGAAGCUGUCUGCUCUUAGUUCAGUGGGCCUUAACCACUGUAGACUUGAUAAGGAAAGGGUGCAUUUCGACAGCAUCGGGCACCACCUUGGCAAACUGGGAGAGGAAGGAAAAAUUGGCCACAGAGUGAUUGACCUUACCAGGCCUGAGGAUCUGGAUGGGUCCAAGGAAGUCAAUGGCUCUGCAGAUAAACCCCAACCCUAUUAUUGUUGGCCAACAGGAGGUGCUGGAUCUACGGAGGCACGAGUCUUCAGGGAAUCCCGAGGGCGGAACAACAAUGAGCCCCACAUUAAAAGGCCAAUGAACGCAUUCAUGGUGUGGGCCAAAGAUGAGCGGCGCAAAAUCCUCCAGGCCUUCCCCGAUAUGCACAACUCAAACAUUAGCAAGAUUUUGGGCUCUCGAUGGAAGGCUAUGUCUAACCAGGACAAGCAACCAUACUACGAAGAGCAGGCCCGUCUGAGUAAGCUCCACCUCGAGAAGUAUCCAAACUACAAGUACAAACCUCGACCUAAAAGGACCUGCAUAAUUGAUGGCAAAAAGCUACGCAUUGGAGAGUACAAGCAGAUGAUGCGGUCCCGACGACAAGAGAUGAGACAGUUCUUCACUGUGGGCCAGCCACCUCAGAUUCCCAUCACCACCAGCGCCAGUAUGGUCUAUCCAGGGGGCCUCACCAUGGCAAACACCACACCCUCACCUCAGAUGACGUCAGAGUGCUCCAGCGCCUCGGUGAGCCCUGAGCCAUCUAUUCCCGUUAUUCAGAGUACUUACAACAUGAAGCUGGAGCCCAGCGCCUUGGCGAACAACAGCGAGCAAGUCAACGGCGAGGAUGAGAUGGACAUGUACGAAGACUUCGAGGACGAGCCCAAAUCAGACUAUAGCAGUGAGAAUGACACACAGGAGCCAGUCAGCGCCAACUGAGACCUGUUUUACUGAAAUAGAGACAGCAGUCACACAGGAGGAUGAUCUGAUCUGAUCUGAGGGCGUGAAGGAGCAAAAAGAACAAAACUUUAUCACAUGGAUCGGAAAUACGUUUUGAAAGAAAAUUAUAAUGUACCAUGUGGAAGCCUGCAUGCAGCUACGGCUUCGUCAGUCAAAAGCUAUUUGGUCUUAAAUAUUUCUUCAAGUUUGUGAAAUAGUUUGUUUUUGUGGUAAUUUAUAAUUUCUUUUUUUUUUUCAUUGUUUUCUUUGUUUUUUCAUUACAGAUCAUAGACGGUUACACAGUUAGUUUGUUGCCUAAAGCAAAAGACAGAGCUUGAAGCUUAACAUUUGGUAUUAACCCAUAUUACUUAAAGUCAUGUUGUUUUCAUGUAAUGAUGCUUCAUCACCUAACUGUUCAAGAUGGGAAAAAUGAUCUCACUCAGGUAUAGUGUGCCAGCCAACAGCUUGUGAAUGUUUUUAACCAUGAGAAAAAGUAUCAAAACACAAACAAGGAGAGAUUCCAGUUUAGUCACAUUAUUAUUAUUAUUGUUAUUAUUAUUAUUAUUUUGUUUUUGCUGCACUAUUUGGUGUGGAAGUGCCAAACAUUUCAUGUUUAUUUACAAGAGGCUUUGAAGACAAUCUCUUCAUCUCUUAAAGCAGCUUAUUAUACGAUCUCUCUUUGCUCUAACAGAAAAGAACAAAUAAAACUCAGGAACUUGGAGGCAGCAAGUUCUGUAGGAAGUAACGGAUGAGUGGAAGUUAUAUUAUGGUAGCCGUACUCCACAGAGAUUAAUGCAGUGCGCAUCAGUGGUAUGAGCAAUCCCUUUUAUUCCUCUUGCCACAGUGCAAACUGAACAUUGUAGAAUCCUUUCACUUAUUUCCAGCUCUACAACCCAAUCUGAAUCACCAGGAUCUUAAUCAGCGAUUGUAAUCAGGCCAGAAUGUUAAAAGGCCAAGGCCCCCAAUCUGCAGGAUUGGAACAGAAGUGAAAGACAGCUUUGGUGGCAUUACAAUCUUAAAUUGAUGUUGUACAAUGUGUGGCUCUAAAGCUAUGGUACAUUUUGUUAAACACUUUAGCCCCAUUUGGAUGGCAUGUUUAAAGUCUUAGGUCUUAAAAUUAAAUUUUUUCAGACAUUGUAAAUCUUAAACGGACACUAAGAAGUCUUAAAGCAGGGUGGUUAUCUUGAUGAUGCAGUGGAAUGAUUACUAAAGUUGUAUCGAAAGGACUGACAGAUUGCCAGGAGGUCUAUAAAGAAAGACAAAGACCUGCCAUCGUGUUUGGUUUCCUCACUUCUGUGCAUCUCACAGAGGUGACUGUGUGAGAGGUGACUUUGUUUUUGUUUUUAGGUCACUUAUAUUAAGCCUUUUUAAUUGAAAAAAAAAACAUAUAAUCUUCAAUAUAACAUAGAAGUUAGAAUCAUGCGUUACUAUCUACAACAACUCUUUGAACCAGAUUUGACAUUUAUGAGUUGUAUUGGUUUGAAAAGAAAUUCAAGAAACUCUCCCCUACCCUAAUUACAUACAAAAGAUUUAGGGUUCUGGAGCUUGAUGUUAAAGAUGGGUCUGUAGAGCAGAAGGUCUAAGUGGUUCUUCUCUUAGAGACGCACAUUUUUGACCCCAGUCUUUGGCAGUCUCGACACUCAGGGGGCACCAUCUGGCUUGGAGAAGGAGAAAGCAGCGGGAAGGAAUGGGGAAACAAUAAAAACUGGGUGUGUGUCCCUCAUUGUGCUCUCCAUCAAAGUGCUGUAAGUAAGGCCACAACAGGGCUUACUACCCGGCCCAAUCACCAGGCACUGGCGAGCAGAUGGAACAAGUACAUCAAGCUGUGGGGGAUUAUUAAAAUGACUGACGAGUGGGUAUCAUCUGAAAUGCAGCAUUAUUAAUGCAUGAGUCCAGUUAUUUCCCCCUUGCCCUUGAAUCUGUCCAUUUCAGAGAGGAGAGCUUUGUGAAGGAGCUGAUUAGCUGGUCACUGACCAUAAGUGGUCAAGAGCCUCACUGCUGAUCACUGCAUUUUUCUCUUGCCUCUGAUAGGUACAGAUGGCCCGCCUUGCUCUUUAGCACUUCUUAUUUGAAUUACCCAACUUUUGCAAACAUUCAUAUAAAAAAACAUGUUUUAUUAUUUACUUUUUUGUUUGUGUCUAUUUAAUUAUUUUUCCAUUGCAAUGUUCAACACUUUUCUAAUUUCUACACAUUGAAGCAAUCAUUGACGCUCUCCUAUAAGUCAAACCUUCUCCCUCCAAGUCAACCAAUUUGGUAUUUCUGAUGUGUUUCCUCCUGUUUGCUGGUGGUUAGACUGAUUUGUAUGUGACUGUAAAUAAUUUUAUGACCACGCCAAGCAGCUCCAGUUUGCUGGCAUUCGGACUCCCUAAGAAAUUGACACUGUGCUAAUGCAGCAAAUCGACAAAUAAAAAAAAUGAAAAAAACAACAAAAAAAGAAGAAAAAAGACAACAAAGAGACAAUGUGUUAUAGGCACUGGAUAUUCAUCAUAUUUUUUAAGCAAUUCUGAUCAAUGUGAAUUUUUUUUUUUGACGAAGAACCCCAUGGAUGGACAGGAUUCCCCUGCUUGACUCAAGUGGGUUUGUUGUCACACCUGUCACAGAUUUGGGUCCUUUUUAUGAUCAGUUUUUCAUCUACUUAUUUUGUGUGUUUAUGUAAUGACACGUGCGAUGAGUGAACGCUUGUUUAAGCUUCAAGGCUUGUCUUGGGGAAAGACUAAGCAAAAGAAAUGUGUGCAGACAAUUAAACAGAAGGCUCAGAGAACUGUAAAACAACAGACGUUGUAUAUUGUGUUUGAUACUGUAGAGUAUCAACAUACUGUAUUUAUUAUCAGCCUUAGCUGGCUCUAAAAUUGGCAGUGAAACAAGAAAACCGAGACAAUCAGAAAAAUUAAAAAAAUUGGAGAUACAACUAAGUUUUACUCAAUUCACUGAUAGUAUUUUAUUGUAAAUAUGAGCAAUGACGGUAUUUUUUGUUCAUUUGUUUUUUUAUUUUUCAAGUUAUGUAUUUGGCAGAUUUAUUUCCUCUUUUAUAUUUGUUCUAAAAGCUGACAAGUGGUUAUACCUCAUUUUGAUGCUGAACAUUUUUAAUAUUUAAAGUCACAAUUCAAACUUACCUUAUCAGACUUAAAAGGUACUGAGUCAAAUAAGCACUUAAUGCUUGCAAAUUAUUAUUUUUUAUACAAUUCAUGAUGCUGUUUUCCCUUGCUGAUUUUUUUAUUUGUUUUAUUUAAGCAAUUAGCCUAUUAGUUUCGGAUGGAAGAUAAAAUAAUCUGAAAAUAACUAAAAGGAUCAUUGUUAGAAAUAAAAUGUACCUUCUUCGUUGCUUCAAAAAACAGUUUUAAACACACAAGGUAGUUUUUGUUUAUUUCAAAGGUGAAAGCACCCAAGUGUUUAUUACUUCUAAUUUAAAAUGCAGAAAACAAUGCAUCUUUACAUAUGCUGAUGGUUUUCUGGAAGGUAGGCCUCACAAUUGUUCUAAAUUUUUUGCCUCCUGUAAAACAUGCAAAAUGGUUUAGAUGAACUGAGGACAAAGGAUUCAAUUCUGUCUCGAGAUUACUGUAAGUUGAUUCAUUUUUUUUUUUUUUUUUUUUUCAAACAUUAUGAUGUAAAUGGUGGGAAUGUUCUCUAUGUUAAUUUAAUCAGCACAAUUCACUGACAUGCUGGACUGACAUGCUAGCUGCUGUUCAGAAAGUGUAAAAAAUGUGCCAUCGGGGCAACAUUUUAAGCUGCCCUAGGUACUCUGCUUUUACGAAUUGUCCUUUCAAGCGACACUGUGUGGGGCUCUUCUAUGACUGGAGCCACAGUUUAAAAAAAUUGCUGGCAGCCUGAAAUAAUUUUCUGCAUAGAAUCCUGAUUUGUUUCCUCUCCCUGCAGGUACCUAUAAGCCCAUUGCAAGUAUUGUUUGGGUGUCAUUAGAGAACAGGAAAUACAUAGUGUCUGUUGCUGCUUUAAAAAAAAAAAAAGUUUAUGUCUGAAUAUGUAAAUAGUUUAUCAUGAUAUCUUGUACAGUCCAAUGUAAAGUUUUUAAUUCAACUUAAAAACAAUGUUGCCAUCACAUUUGUGUUCACAUUCUUCUUUUUACAGAGCAAAACAGGUCAAUUACUUGCAAGGGUGUAUUACUGCUUGAAAAAAAAAAGAAAAUGUUUGUUUUUUAUGUUCUGUUUUGCUUUGCUUCAAAGUGUACACCAGCAUUCUUUGGUUUUCAUGUGCAGUAUUGACGUGAGGUAAACUUAAGGUGAAUAAUUUUAAAUUGAUGUGUGUGAGUGGAGAGCUGCGUCCUCAGCUUCAGUAGUAUUAAUACACUAAAACAAGUAAAAACAAACCAAUGAUGGGCACACUUGUGCAUCUUUGCACCAUGCAAGUGUGUUUACUGUAAAUGAUAAAAUUAUGCCCACAGGGUCACUUCAGAAAUAUUAUGAAACUGCAUUUUCCGUAUGUGUUGGUCCAUUGUAUGAAUGCAGCAGCGGGCUGAAGAAACUGCCGGCUUUAGCUUAUUUACCUCAAGACUUUCCUUGUUUUCUGUAAAAGAGACAUUGUGUUGCAAAGAGGUUCACACAUCACUCCAUCUUUUGUACUGCUGUUGACACUUACCGAUUAAAGAGACAUUUUGUUU